UUUAGUUGUUGUGAGAAAGAGAAGAGAAGAUAGAGAAGAAGGUGUCUUGGUUGUCUUAUUGGGUCCACUUUUCGAGAGUGAAAUAAAUAUUUCAUCUUCCUCACUUUCCUUCAUUCUUUGUUCUCGCUCGCUCACAAAGAGCGCAGAGAGAUAAAAUCCCAUCACAAUUCCAAUCCAUGGCAUCAAAUUCUCAACAAUCAGCGAGUAAUCCGCCACCGAAACCUUGGCAGCAAGGAGGUUCAUCAUCUGGGCCGACCGCGCCUUUUAAACCGCCCUCAGCUGGUAGCACAAGUGAUGUAGUUGAGGCUUCUGGGACUGCGAGACCCGGUGAAAUUGUUUCAAGUUCUGAUAGGAGUGCAGCUGUUAACAGGAAUACUCUUGCGAGGCCGGUUCCGACGAGGCCGUGGGAGCAGAACACCACCUACGGUGGAGCCGGAGGGUACGGUUCUACGAUGAAUUAUAAUUCUGGAUAUGGGUCUGGAUUGUAUGGAUCUUCUUACGGUGGAGGGUUAGGUGGGGGACUAGGUGGGGGGCUAGGAGGAGGGAUGUAUGGUGGGGGAAUGUAUGGUAGCAGUAUGUACAACAGGGGAGGAUAUGGUGGGGGACUUUACGGGUCAUCUGGUGGGAUGUAUGGAGGUGGAAUGUAUGGAGGUGGCUUAGGCGGUCCGAUGGGUGGUUAUGGCGGUGGCAUGGGUGUUGGUCCUUAUGGAGGUGAUCAAGAUCCCAAUAAUCCGUACGGUGGUCCUCCGUCCCCGCCAGGAUUCUGGAUUUCUGUCAUGCGUGUGAUGCAAGGCGUGGUUAACUUUUUUGGUCGGAUAUCAAUACUCAUUGACCAGAACACACAGGCUUUCCAUAUGUUCAUGUCUGCUCUUCUCCAGCUUUUUGAUCGAUCCGGUUUAUUGUAUGGAGAGCUUGCUAGAUUUGUGUUGCGGCUGCUUGGGAUUAAAACCAAGCCGAAUAAAGUUAACCCACAAGGUCCAAAUGGACAUAUGCUAGGUCCAAAUGGACAUCCACUACCUGGACCACACAACUCUUCUGCAAAUGUAAACGCUAUUGAGGGAGCCAAGCCUGCUUCUGGUGGUUGGGACAACGUCUGGGGAAAUGAUGCCAAUCAGUGAUAGUGGUAAACUUAGUUUGAUUAAAGAGAUCGUCCAUAUACAUUCAGAAAAAGAAAUAGCAGCAUUCCAAUUGUAUAUUCAUGGAUUCUAAGUUCAGUGUGCUGUUUUUCUUUACUUGGAUUAGUUCUUGGUUCUACUGGAAGCGGGAUCUUCUGCCACCGUCCCGAAAAUAUACCUUGCAAGCGUUUGCUUUGGAUCCGGAGGAUGCUGCUAUGUGCUAAGUACAUGUAUUAUUUUGUAUCUCGAGAGUGAAUGUAAUCUUGCAUACCUGCUGAAAAUUUUCAGGACCAUGAAUUUCGUUUCUUUUCAUGUACUCUUUAGGCGUUUAACAUUCAUCAAAAUUGCCUUUACAUGUGGAUUUGCCAAACAUAUCGUUAUGAUUAUAUUAUUUAUUUAUUAAGUAUGAGCUAUAUUUUAUUUCCA